AUGAGCGAGUUUGAAUUCUCGUCUGAUCGUGAAGGGACUCGUAGAACUAGUAGUUCGGAGUCAAAUGAACAUGCGACGGACUCGUAUCUACUUAUCCCGUACGGUUUUCAACCGAGAGCUUGCUAUAAACCAAAGGCAAAAAGCAAAGAAAUUACAGGAGGUAUGAAAGGGGUAAAUGUUUUGUUUGUAGCGGACUAGCGGUUGUAAUGCAGCUGUAGUAAACGGAAUCGUUUAAGAUUCACAAAUAUGUGCAAUUAGUCCACGUGCAAUAAACGAUAUCAUAUGUCAAUAUUUACGGCUUAUAAUCGUCUUGCUUUAGUCAGACUUUGUAUUUUAAUUCUCUUGAAAGCUGAGUUGUAGUGGGUGAGGUUUUGGUAUUUAGUUUUGUAUUUUAGUAAGAUAAUUGUUGUAGAAAAAUGUUUGAAAAUGUAUCAAAUUGUCUAUGUUUACAUACAUGUUCCCCAUGGCAACAGCACUGAUUUUGUAGAUAAGGGGUUAUAUCUUUAUGUUUGGUGCACAAACAUACAUUUACACUGGGGGUUUUGGUUGGGUCAUGCUCAAAGACUACCUAAAACCAGUCUGCUCAUGAGCAUGUCCAUAACAUACCUAUAUAAACCAGUAUACUCAUGAGCACACAGCAUUCUCAUAUACAUACCUAAAACCAGUAUGUUUAUGAGCACACUCACAUACGUACCUUACACAGAGAAAUAUACUUGUGUAUGAAACAACGAUGCAACCUAAUCCAACUGAGGGCAAGGGGAGGUGGGGUUUGCCCCACAUUUGUUCCCCUUACCCCAUUAUGCCUGGCUAUAUUUAUUUUUUAUUAAAGUGAAUAUUUCUUAUGCAGUAACAUAUAACUCAAGGAGCAGACAAUUCAUCAUCCUUGAUUCAAAAGGAAUCACAGCGUGGUCACACAACAGUGUCAUAAAUGCAGGUACUCGAAUUAUACCAAAUCCGGAGAGUAAACAAGUUAGCAUGCAACCAAAUCACACUAAGGUCCUUCUUCUUUUGUCUGUAGUUACACGAUUGUUAGAUUACCCUUCAUAUCAAUUCAAUUUGAUCCAGCUGCUGUUGCAUUCUAAGAAAUUUAAUGUCUACUUUGGCCUUUCAAAAGAUUAUGCAUUGAAGGUUGGUUUAUAAUGAGAUCUGGAAGAUUUUCUGGAGUGGUUAAUUUAAUUAAGUGGCAGUUAAUGUGAUGAUGGUGGUUAUGGUGAUGGUGAUGAUGAUAGUUGUUGUGAUGGUGAUGACAAUGAUGAUGAUGAUGGUUGUGGUGUUGGUGAUGGUGGUUGUGGUGGUGAUGGUGGUGAUGAUGAUGGUGGUGAUGAUGAUGGUUGUGGUGAUGAUGAUGGUUGUGGUGAUGGUGAUGGUGGUUGUGGUGGUGAUGGUUGUGGUGAUGAUGGUGAUGGUGAUGGUUGUUGUGAUGAUGGUGGUUGUGGUGAUGGUGAUGAUGAUGGUGGUUGUGGUGAUGAUGAUGGUGGUUGUGAUGGUGGUGAUGAUGAUGAUGAUGAUGGUUGUGGUGAUGAUGGUUGUGGUGAUGAUGGUGGUUGUGGUGAUGAUGAUGAUGAUGAUGAUGAUGAUGAUGAUGGUUGUGGUGAUGAUGGUGGUUGUGGUGAUGAUGAUGAUGAUGAUGGUGGUUGUGAUGAUGAUGAUGGUGGUGAUGAUGGUGAUGGUGGUGAUGGUUGUGGUUAUAAUGAUGGUUGUGGUUGGUAGUUAGUAAACUGAGAUAGAUGGUGAUAGUGGUGAUGAUAAUAGUAGAGAAGGUGAUGGUGCAUGGCUAUGGGUGGUUGUGGUGGUGGUGGUACUGAUGGUGGUGGAGGUACAUCAUCAAUUAUAGUUGUUGUAUAGAGGUGGUGAUAUGAUGAUAUCGUUGCUGGUGUUAUGUUAUUGCUGUCAGUUGUUUUUUGUUGUUAUUGUUGGUAGUGUAUUGGUGUUAGUGUUGCCUAAAAUUUGUUUUUAUGUUGGCCUUGUUUUCAAAUGAACUAUACUUUCUUUCGUGGUGUAAGGUGUUCAACCUAAAUUUCCAUGAAGUGUUCUCGGUGAUUUCUGACAUGAAUUCAGUCUUAUGCAUGGUGUUCAACUCUGUUACUGAUGAGCUCAUUACUGGUGGAACUGGUGGCAUUAAAGUAAGUUUUUAAUGCAGUUGAAGAGUGGAGGUGUUUUGUCCAGCGAAAUAAAUAUAAAACUUUUCCAUAACGUAUUUCAUCGUUUUGGGAGUACACGGGCAGAAUAUGAACAGAACUGUAAAAGUCUAAUGGCAUUCGCAGAGGUCUAAAGGCAGUCGUACCAUACGGUUUUCUUUGGCAUCAAAGACAAAGACAGUCUUUCUACGCUACUGCACCCAAAACUGAUCGAUCCAAUUGAAAUGGGACACAUGCAUAGGCUAUAGGGCGUCGCAUUCACUAUACAUACGCAAAUAUAAGGUGUACAGUUUUGCUUUUCUUGUUAAUGAAAAAGCUAUCACUGCUGAUUAUAAAUCACACCACACGAUGCAGGUUUAUGGCUAAUUGGAAAACCGUUGAUGUUUGUUGACUGUCUUUUUCAUCACUGAGCGUUGAACUGGCGUACUUGAUACUUACAGUUUUGGACGUUUGGCGAGGUACAAUCAGAUCGUUCAAUCUCAAGAGAUUCAAGACCAAUGGCGAAUUACGGAUUAAUUUUGAGGUACGUAGAUAAUUGAUUUUUCAGAUUUCUUGAACUACAAUUUGUAUAGCCUUCUUAAAACUUCGUUUUGGUCGUCACUUAGAUCAAUAAACCAUGGUCCAUUCGGGGUUUUUUCAUUCUUUGCCUGUAAUUACGACUUUCAGGCGUGAACAUCCUGCUGUGAAUGGUACGAUGGUGAAAGAUAUUAUCCUGGAUGAAAAAAAUCAGGUACUAAAUAUUCCAAGUGGACGGGAAAAAAGUUUAAUUCAUUCGAGUUAAGAUAAUAUCGAAACAAAACUACAUAUAACGCACAAGUUGUAACAAACCUGCAGCAGACUUGUAGCAAUGCUGUUCCAACAACUUGUCAACAGGAUGUGUUCGCACUGCUUGUUCCCGGCUUGCUGAUAAGUUGUCAACGGCUUGUUGAUAACUUGCUACAAGGUUGUUGAGCUUAACAGACUUGUUACAAGUUGUUCCAACAACUUGUUCUCGUCCUGCAAUUCAACAAUUUGUCAACAAGUUGUGAGUGACAACCUUGCAGCAACUUGAUCAAAUAACAGCUUUGUGAAGAGAAUAUCUAAACAAACUAUGUUUCGUGUGUUCAUGAUGUUACUUCCUAUCACAAUUUUUCAGAGACUGUACUGUUUAUCUGAGAGAAAUGUUGUCGCGUAUGACAUGAAAGGCAACUUCUUGUUCGAACUGAAAAGGUAACUCAGGCCUCAAAGCUUCGUUUUAGCAACAUUAACCUCACUUUAGGGGCGGACCCUCAGAAAAGUGAGGGGGGACAAAAAAUUCGCGCAAAGGAAAACAAUUCGUGCAAAGAGGGAAAGCAAAGAAGAAUACCUUUAAAUGAAGACCUUUAAAAUUCCGCAAAAUGCUGAAAAUAGUAAUCCCCCCGCAUCGCUUUUCUAAUGGUCCGUCCAGGGGUCCGCCCCCUUAGCAUUUACUUUCAUUUCUAUUGUGUUCAAGUGCACACGAGGGUCAGGUGACUGGCUGUGUUUACUCCAAAUUUUCAAACUUUGUCGUCACCACCGGGACUGACUGCGCAGGUAGGACAGAGAAAUAAAUUUUGCAAUUUUCCUCAUAAAAUUUGAAUAAUUCAAGCUCGACAGUUUGUAGCAUCAUGUAUUUUGUUGUUUUAGUCAACGUAUGGAGUUCAAAUGGCGGUUGUCUGCACUCAUUUCACUCUCAUUCAAAGGUAGACCGUAGUUUUAUGUUGAGAGUUAACGCCUUUGAAAACUAAACAAUUAUUGCCUGUCAUUUCUACGGUUAAGCUGGAGUAAUACGAGCAACAAAAUUGCUGCAACUUGCAACAAAAUCUGAUUUCAACGCAUGUUAAUUGAAAAUGUUCACACAAACAUUACAAAUCACGCGGCAACAUAUGUGUCAACAUUUCUACUUAACAUACGUUGAAAUCAGAUUUUGUUGCAAGUUGCAGCAAUUUUGUUGCUCGUAUUACUCCGGCUUUAAACUACCGCGAUUGUUAUUUAUGGUUGUUUGCAGAUGGUGACGAACUUAUUACUUCAUCCAGAGGCACCAUCAUUAGUGAUCACGUCAUCACAAGAUGGAACUAUUAAAAUAUUCUCUUUGGACAUCAUGGAGGAGAUAUACAGGUAACAAUGGGUGAUUCCAGCUAUAGUAAAUAAAUUUUGAUCAAGGCAAGAAGAACGAAGUCCAACACUACAGCUAGAAAGAGCGUCUUAGAAUGAGUAAAGCUGUAAAGAUUGGUUGCGAAAUGUUGUAAAAUGAAGAAAAUAUAGCCCUGCGAAGUUCGCAAAUUUUGUAUAAUUAUAUUUGUAUUACGCGCGGUAAAAAUAACCACUUUCGGCUCAAAAAUGGUUAUAUAUUUUCCCCGCGCGUAAUGCAAAUAUAUACAAAAUUUGCGAACUUCACAGGGCUAUAGUUUCCUCAUAUUACAACAAUUCGCAAUCAAACUUUGCAAUUUUACUCAUUUUAAGAUGCUCUUUCCAGCUAUGGUAAUGGAUUUCGUUCUUUUUGAUCAUCCAUUUCAUAGUAUAUUUUACAUCCCAUAACGGUGUGAGAAGUAAAAUUGAUCAUUAUAUGUUUUGUUUCUUUGUGUAGCCAAGUUGUAUUCCCAGAAGGCAUCGAAUGGAUGAACUUCAUAUCACAUGACCUUCUCUACUGUGCCACAAGUAAAGCAUUACAAGUAUUUUCCAUCAAUCAUGUGACCAAUUUCUGGACGACAGUCCGCUGUCCAUUGACGUCAAUAUCACUGACUGCUGGCUCACAUCGCAAUGGGCAAAAAGUUCUGGCAAUCGCGGAAGAUUACAGGUUUGAAAAUUUAAGAGAACAUUUAAUUCUUCAAAACUAAUCUCACUGGCUUAUUUGAUACUGGGUAGUUUCAUCGGUUCUAAACUGUUCUCUUCAGAAGUUCGGUGAGGCCAUCAUAUCCCAUGCAUUGGACCAAAUGUUACAUUGUUAUUCCUGGAGGAAACUGAAGGAUCCAUGCAUGGUAAAGCAGUGGUGUUUGGGGUAGAGUUAUACUAAAAGUACUUUCCAACACCAGUCAUAGAGGUGCACCGAACACUCAUUCAAAAACUAUGAAAGUUGGUGAAAAAUUAUUGUUGUAAUGUUGUGUCAAAUAUUAUGUUUUCAGUGCAAGAUUUGUAUCUAAAGAUGGCUGUCCUCUCUCGACUGUUCUUCCUCCGCCACCUGUUACUACUGGUCUGCGGUCGUGUUCUGCUCAUGCGUACUGUCCAAUAUAUGGCUUGAUGUACGUGUUGGUGAACCAAGAAGAAAUUUGGGUCUACUAUACAAAGUAUGCUGAACGAAAUAUUCGUAGUAUAGUUCGUACAUCGUAGUUGGAGACAUCCAGUUCAGUUGCUGAUGUUUCGAUCCUUCUAUCGUAAGGUGGAGCUGGGUCAUGGAUUUAGCUGCCCGCCUAUUCCUUCUUGCUUUAAUAGGAGGGUCCUUUAGCUAGCAGGACAGCGACGGCUAUUAGUGCAAUGAACUUCAUGAUGGUGUAAAAAAGAAAUUAAUAAUUAAAAGCCUCUCGGAGGUUUUAGACGUCGUCGUCGCAUUAUUUAUACCCCCACCUUACCCAAUUUUUUCCCCUGGGGGAGCAUGUCCCCGGACCCCCUAGCAUUAUGAUUCACAUACUGUAAAGUUACCCCCCCCCCCUCCCGAAAAUAAUUCCUGGUGGCGCCUCUGAACAAUGCCAGCUUCCGCUCUUAUAUCGCUAUUUCUAUAAGUCUCUCUGUCAUUGAUGUCCUCAGUGGAAAAUUUAUAUACCUUCUAGGUCAAAUCCAGCCAACCGAGUCGAAGUUUGGAAACUUUCAGACGUUCAGGACAUUUCAAAUAACCGAGAAACCAACAGUCGUAACGGUGGCAAGUCUUGUACACCAAUAUCUUCAAGGAGGUCGCCCUCUCCAUUCAACCCCCCGGCGAAGAUUGUGGAUGGAUUACCAUGCCUCUCGUUGGCAUUUCUUCACUCGACUGUGAACUUGAAACACAAGGCGGGAGAAUUCUAUCCUAACUUAACCUACUACCUUAUUGUGGGCUUGCAGGUUUGUUUAUCUUUGAAUAUUUGAUUUGAUUCACGCUAUGUAUAAUGAAUUGUAUCAACACUUGUAUCGCGUUGCAGCAGUUAUAAUUCCUGUUUGUUUUCGUUUUAUAGGAUGGUCGACUAUUAUUUACAAGUCCUUUCUCAGCUCUGAUAUUAUAUCAUCAGUUUCAAGCCACAAAAGGAGCAGUAAGUCUUAUACGUCGUCCAUUUUUUGCCGCUUUUGAUAGGUCAACGCGAAUAUAUGUUCAAUCCUAUUAUUCCUAGGCAUCUUUAUUUCUCAGGUUCAGUGCUUUCUAUACUCUAUAGAGAGGUUUAGAUUUGACUGCCACUACCUGUGACUGACUGUGGUUAAUCGAAUAUAUCAAGCGUAUCUGAUUUGUUAAUGGUCCCUUGAAUCUCUCUAAUAUAUCUUGCUUGACAUAACAUUUGAAUAAAUUUUAGGUGUUAUCAAUAAAGCAUGAUGUGACCGCUGGCUUACUACUACUGAAUACAAUAACGUUAAAUAAAUAUACCAUUCAAAUCAGAGGUCUGCCUGACUUGGAUAUGAAACAUAGCAUUGAUGCUGGGAAUAAUCUGACUUGCUUUGUACGCAUGGUGAGUAGCCUCCGCUGAAUUUUUGUAGAAAUGAACUUUUUCAUACCAUGUAUUGGUGAGUUUCAGCAGGUCUUAUAUACAGUUAUACACAGGACGAAAGCUAUUGAUCAGCUUCAGAAGUAUUGACACAGCUAAUUAAGUUAGAUCAGAUUCUAUAGCUCUCAUUAACUGACCACGACAUGUGAUGAAAAAAAUUAAUAUAAUUUCCUCACUCUGAUAAGAUAACUGACGCUUAAUAAUGUCACUACAAUCUUAUGCCGCCUAAUAUUGUGCUUGGCGAAACCCUCUUAUUGUAUAUACAAGGCUAGGCACAGCUAUUCUACUGAAUACAAAUACUCUGUUGUUGUGUUUUAAGGUUUUUGUACAUCACAAGUGUCAAAAGUGUUUAUCUUUUCUUAACGCGUUUUUCCUUGUUUCAUGACGUUCCAGGGCUGUUCAUUUCUGACAGGACAUGAAACUGGUCGGCUUAAUCUAUAUCGCUUAAAUUCCGACCAAGGUUUGUAAUUUACAAUAUAAAAACUUACUACAUGCAGAGAAAAUUGGUUUUACUUGGGAAGAAGGACGAAUCUAUUAAUCUUGUGUUUUGUUUACCAGUAACAUGUGAAGUGGAAACAAGGAAAUUUGAUGGCCAGAAGGUCUCUAAAGAUCACCUUGAUUCUGUUCUGACUGUGGAUGCCAACAACAGUCUUCAGUUAUUUUGUAGUUCCAGGUACGGCCGUAUUAGUGUCUUCUCAUAAGAUAUUAAAACCCGAAUGCCAAUUAGCCUUUUCCCAAAAGAGAUCACAGUGCAUUCUGGGAUCGUUUGGAGGGACAAAAUGUAUGGAGACAGGCGUCAAAUAUGCGAAAGAGUAGAAGUAUCUAUUAUCAAAUAUCAACUUUUUAGACGACCAAAAAUGAAAUAUCUUCUUUUUACAUUAAACUUUUAAUUCAAAUGUGUGCUGCCAUAUUUUUUGUCCCUCCAACAUGGAAUUUGCGCGAUUAGACCCAGGAUUUUGGGAAAUGGCUAAUAACGAAACUUAUCAUUAUGUAUAAGCGAAAUUCGUCCUUAUCAAAAAGUUACAAUCUACCCACAUGAUUCAUACGUACAUGCAAAACAUAUUCAAACAUUUUCUUACGUAUUUCAGUAAGGACGGCAGUAUUAAAAUAUGGAACAAUGGCAAAGUCUUAGUGCGCGAAAUUAUCAUGGAUAAAACAUUGACUGCGGUCUGCUUUUUAAACUCUUCUGGUUAGUAAAAUAUUUUUGUUAAAUUCUUGUUAUCUACUGUAGUAAUUCUACACAAUUUUCCUUUCCCAAUUUUUUAGGGGAUCUUCUUGCUGGUUUCAAAAAUCACGUCUUCUGUAUCAGCCAUGAAAAGGGUAAGAGAGUAAGGCAAUAUACUGUAUGGACCAUUUGCAUUAUGGACUAAAUUUUGAUCUAAACAAGUCUAGACAAAGAUUCAAGCUAGAAACAAGCUAGACACAGCUUGAAAGAGCAUCACCAAAUUAGUAAUAUUCCAAAGUUUCGUUGCGAAAUGUUGUAAAAUGCAGAUAAUAUAGCCUUGCGAAGUUUGCCGUUUUUCAGUCAUUUUGUAUUACAAACGGGAAAUUGACAGACCCAAAGGGUAUUGGGCUGUCAAUUUCCCCCCGCGUAAUGGAAAAUGACUGAAAAACGGCAAACUUCGCAAGGCCAUUAUAUUAUCCGCAUUUUACAACAUUUCCAACGAAACUUUGGAAUAUUACUAAUUUUGUGAUGCUCUUUCAAGCUGUGAUGAAAUUUUUGUCUAGACUUGUUUAGAUCAAAAUUUAGUCUAUAAUGCAAAUGGUUCACUUCUGUACAUCUACCGGUUUAUACCUGAGAAAGAUUCGAUUCCUUUAUAGCUCAAUUGAGUUCCUACUCUAAUAAUUCAAGAAGAAAUAGUGAACUGUAUGAAACAGGUAUAUUUAUUCAGAUUCGAUUUUUUCUUCAUUUUUUUUUAUGCUCCUUAUAUUUUUUCGAGACAACUCUUUUAUCACUUUAUUCGUAGGUUCUGACAUCUACGAAGAUCCAAGAGUACGGUUUGAAUAUAAGAAAAUAAUUCCUUCCGAGCCUGUUCGUAUGGAGACGUAUUUGGUAGGUGAUCAACAGCAUACACUGAGGCAUUACUUAAUAUAUCACUACAAUGAAACAUUACGUUUUGAUAAGUGUGUAUGCAUUGUUCCAGGUGCCAUUUGCAAACAUCAGUAUUAACUUAGCACGCUUCCUGUCUGGUCAAAUUCCACCAAGUUCGUUGGAGAACGAUAUAGAGAGCGAAAAUGAUGGGGUGAGAUAAAUGAUCAUGUACUUUUCAUUGAUUUUAUUGCAGUCUGCUUCUGAAAGUCAGAAAUUAUUUACUAUGUAUGUAUAGUCAGUUCUUUGUGUUUUUAAUGGCAUCAUUCAUUGUAUUUGAUAUGCCGCAGACCGAAAGUGAACUCUCUGAUGUUUUCUCAGUCGCUCCAACGGAUAUUUACAUGUCACAAAGUGGAACGCCACACUCAAGAUCAAGGUCAUCGUCUCUCGUUAGUUCUUGGAAUUUACCAAAUAUAGGCUCGUCACCAGUCUCUUCUCCGCCUCGAACUCCCCCGCCAUUUAUGAGUCCCGUUCUUGAAUUGGUAAGUGGGAAUAUUUUUUGGCUUGGGGUUCACCUCUCUGUGAUCUGUGCAUGAUUCUUGUAAUUAUUAUUUCACCUCAGACUCACCACACACCAAAGAUUUUCUUCAGGGGUGGAGGGCGACCCCCCAAGAAUUUACGAAAACCUUUGAUUGAUAUCAGUGAAUGACUGUGUAUCAAAACUGUGACAAUUAUUUUUCAGUCAUGAAAGCAUGGUAGGCUAUGGAUUAAGCUAUUGAUUACAUUCAAGUUAAGAAAGAACUAAGAUUUUUAGCAAGAAAAGGUGGUCAUAUGGUCCCCCAUCCCCCCCUCCCCCAAUAUUUUGCGACGUGUCCCUAACUGGGUCUUCUCUUGUUGUAAGGCUGAAUCAAUGGAAGAGGUGGCAGAUAACGAAAUAUCAGGGAGAAAAGAGGACAAAUAUUUCACCAUAAGUAACGAACCAGGAAGAACGCAGACUUCACAGAAAACUGUCAAACUUGCUCCAGUAUUUUCCCGCCAAAAGCGACCUGGACUUUCGGAGCGGAAAAUAGAUUCACGCGCUGUCCAGUCGAAGACAUCCGUCAACGUCACGAAGAAUGUCGACAGUCUCCGAAGUCAGCGUGUAAAAAACGAGGAUACCACGAAUCAAUCCAAUACAACUGUAAGUGAACUACACUUUAUUUAUCAGUUCUGAGCUGUUCGCCCUCCAGGUCCGUUAGAAAUCAUCCCAGUCCCAGCGAGAAAUUAGUAAAAGUUUGUUUGGCUUUACCGAGUAGAGAGUAAACUGAAUACGUAAUUAGCCCUUGUAUAAUUUUUACAUGAUACGUAACUUAAAUCACUGGUUGACUUAAUUCGAGUGUCCAGUCUAGUUUACAAUUACAGUAAAAAAACAAGAACCUUCCCACUUCCGGAAUCUGUUGCAAUUUUCGGUAAAUUGUUCUGUUUUUCUGUAGCGGUUACCAAAUCAUGAGUAAAUAUAUGGCGACAAAAUUUGUUUCAUAUGAUAAUUUGUAGCAAAGGCUGCAUUUUUCGUUAGAUUCACUGCAUUUUGACACAUAAAAGGUGCGGAAUUUGAGUUUUAUCACGGUGUAUAAAUCGGUAACUGUUAUAGUAAUACAGAACAAAUUACAGAAAAUGUCAACACACUACAGAAGCGGGAAAGUUCUUGUAUUUUGACUGUAAAUUUAUUUUGCUUUAGACAUCAAGUCGACCAGGGCGGACUAUCGUAAAAAAGACCAAAAAACAAACUGGGAAAUCUCAAAGAAAAGUUAUAAAAGCACAACAACCGUCCUCCCAGGACAGUAUGUCUGGAAAUAUCAACCAAGUACAAAAUGAGCUCGGACGAGACAGCAGUGAGGAAAAUAAGAUCAAUAAAGCAGAGGAAAAGGCGACUGUGAGGCUUAUUGAAGAGAAACAACUAGGGGAAAAUACCCAAGAAACUACAAAGAUUGGCCGCAUUGAAAAUAAGGCAGUAUCUCAAACAUUACACGAGGAAGGUGACAAUAUACUACUUGAUCAGGGACAGGUUUUGACUAGGAAACAAGCAUUGGAUAGUCUGGGAGCUGGAAACGAAGAACUGAGUGAAACUGCACACGAAGAAGCUUUUUCCGUAAAGGUAUGGUAUUCCUUCGUUGUCUUCAUUUUAAGGUGGAGCAAAAUAAAGACGGUGCUGCCGUUCAAGCGCUCCGUUUUAAUCUUGUUCCGUUUUGAAGCGUCGUGUGAACAUAGUGUGAAUAAUUGCCAGUUUAUCAAUGUUUUAUUUUUGUUGAAUUUCAGGAUGGUUUUGGACCUGUGAAGGAAGAUUCACCAAUGACCACGAACAGUAAACAAGACGAGCAUAAUGAAUGCCAGAGUCUGGAAUAUGGUGACAGUGAUGAUGAUGAAAGCGGUAUGUUUAAUUCACUUAAUUUACUCAUCUGUAUUCACUUACCAAUUUUUACUUAGAACAAUUUACUGUUCUUAAGAAUUUAUGAUAUUGACUAGGAAAUGUCUGACUAAUAAGUUCCCAAAUGACCGACGAAUUGCUGUAGGAAUUUAUGGCAAUGGACCAUAAGAGGAACCAAUAGGAAGAAUUUAGCUUGUUUCACUACCAUCACGUCCUGAUCAUCUAGAGUUACGUAUUUUAUGCAUUGAAAUGAAUAUAACAGAUUUCAUGUUGUUUUUACAGACAAUGACCAAAUGGGACUAAAGGGGGACGAACUUCCACCGUUCAUGGCGGUAUCCAGGGAAGAUUUAUUAAGUAAUGGCAUGAGCAGCCUUCAUCUUCAGGAACCACUUCGUUUACCUAGCACUGACCUUGACGAAGACCCGAGAUACUCAAAUUUAUCUGAAGAAGACAGCUGGAGUGAUGAUUUGAAGGAACAGAAAAGCCACACCUCUUUGAAUGAAUUUGAAAAUGAAGAUAAACCGAGUGCAUUAAGUGAAACGCCAGAUAAGUUAAUAUCAAAGAGUGUUUCAUUUGUUGUUACAGAAGCUUCCCAAGAGUUAAAACCCCGGGAAUUUGUACCUACGAGAUCAGUACCUCGGCGAAAAAUCUCCGGUCGGCGUUCUGUUUCUCCAGUGAAUUUUGCCCCAAAGGUUGUUCCCGUGUUGGAUUCGCCAUCUGACAACAAUUCUUAUGGGCAGCAGCUUCACCCAAGUUCUGCUCUAAAGAUUUAUGCCUUAGCAAAAACGCGUCAGCGAACGGGCAGCGGCCGAUCACUCGUUUCCAGACCUCGAGUGAAACAGCGCAGUUUUGUAAAACACAAUACAAGCGAGAUGUCCAUUGCUGGAAGUUUUACAAUGAACGAUGGUAUUGACAGAGAC